AUGUCGUCGGAAUUGCUGGCCCGACGAGAAUGCAAGUGGCUGAAGAGUAUCGGAGCGGAUGACGCAGUUAAUUACAAAAGCCUAACAUUUGUUGAAGACCUAAAGAAAGCAACCCCCGACAAGGUUGACUUAUUCUUUGAUAACGUUGGCGGGUCGAUUUUGGACGAGGUGAUGAUGCGUAUGAAUCCUCACGGUGCCAUAUCUAUCGUGGAAGAAUGGCUCACCUACAGGGACCAGUCUUCGUGCAUAAUUACGGGUAAAUACUCGUCAACAGGUUGUUACUGGAGGGCUUCGCGCUCUUUGACUUCGUCAAUCACAUUGACAAGGCCGAAGAGGCGCUUAGUUAGCCUUAGUACUUCUGCGGCGGCCGCGAACAAGCUUGUAGUGAAUAGUGCAGAAACUGUUGUUGACGUCCAUGGAAAAGUCGAAGAGAUACCGAGUAUUUGGAACGGGUUGUUCACAGGCAUGAACACUGGAAAGCUGGUUACGAAGCUGGCAGACUGA